AUUGACAUGUUUGCCAUUUUAAUCAGUUACUCGACACAAUUUAGAAGCUUUUAGACUUCUUUCCAAAUUCCUGUUACCAAUUCAGAUCUACCAAAAUUCGUAGACUUCUCCCCCCCGAAAAAUAUUCUCUCUCCACUUAGCGGGUUUCUCCACUAAAAUUUAGUGGGAUUAUUUGCUGCAGUUUCGAUUUUGAUUUGAUUAUAGUCGAGAGGGAGUGGAUGAUGUGGAGUACAAUUGCUAAUUACAAAGAGAACCUCAACCAGAUCGUGCUCGACGUCAAGGACGCUGCCCAAGAGCUCGAGAUCUAUCGACCCAGUACUGGGGAGGAUUCUUCCGUCUCUGAUCGCCGGACUUCUCAUAGAUUUGCCCAAUCAAAAUCUCCACUGCGAUCGCCAAUUGCCAAUGGAAUCGAUUCGGGUUUCAAGGGCGAGAUUGAACAAUAUAAAGCAGAAAUUAAGAAGCUUCAGGCUUCUGAGGCUGAAAUUAAGGCAUUGUCAAUUAACUAUGCGGCUUUAUUGAAGGAGAAAGAGGAGCAACUUUCUAGAUUGCAAGAUGAAAAUGGCUCAUUGAAACAAACUUUGGAGUCAACGAAUUCUGUUUGGCAUCCAUCUAGAAAUGAAAGUGUCAAAAUGUUGCCAAAUAAUACAAAUGUGCUCAAGGGGGUAGGUGACCAAUCACCCAACAAGCAGCAGAAGCCUUCAGCUCAAGCAAACAACCGUUCUACUGGAAACCAGAUGCAGAGAGGUAUUGUCCUUAAGCAGGACACAUUAAGCAAUGGGAGUAUACGGGUUAUUGAUUCUGAUAGCAUACAAAAUAAGAUGGAGUUUCAACACGAGAAUGUACAGGGAAAUUAUAAGGAGCUUGCAGAUUUGCUAGAAGAGAAGAACAGAUCCUUGGCAGCAAUGCAAGCUAAUCACAAGUCUGAAAUAGAACGCCUAAAGAUGGAACUUGACAAGGAACGUGGUAAUCUAGCAAGGAUACAACUUCAAUUACAAGAGGAACACAAGAUGAGUGAGUCAUUUCUGAAGGAGCUCCAGACAUUAAAGUUGGAUAAAGAGAGAUCGUCUACUGAGAUGAAACAGCUAUGUGAUGAAUUGAAUGAGAAAAUAUCAGAAAUAAGAAGACUUCAAUUGGAGUUGAGAAGAAGGGAUGAAGAAGAAGCAGCAGCAGAUGAUAGUGUUGAGGGUUUAAAAAAAACAAUCACAACCCUAGAGAAGGAAAAUGCUACUCUUAAGGUGGAGAAGGGUGAACUUGAGGCUGCAUUGAGAAUGAGUGGAAGGUCCUCACCAGAUGAUAUUAGUACAGAUGGUUCUUCCAAGAGGCAUUUGGAGGUCUCUUCUUCUGGAGGUUUUCCUUCAAAAGGAGAAAUAGAAAUGUCUGUAGAAAAAUUGGAGAAAGAUUUAAAUGAAACCCGCCGAGAAAGAGACAAAGCAUUGCAAGAAUUGACCCGACUGAAGCAGCAUUUAUUAGAGAAGGAACUCGAAGAAUCAGAUAAGAUGGAUGAGGACAGCAAAAUCAUUGAGGAGCUUCGGGCAAAUACUGAAUAUCAAAGAGCUCAAAUAUUACAUUUAGAGAAAGCUCUGAAGCAGGCAAUAGUAGGUCAGGAGGAGGUUAAGAAGAUCAAUAGCAAUGAGCUUCAGAAAUCAACAGAAAUAAUUAAUGACCUCAAGCAAAAACUUGCAAACUGUAUGGGCACAAUUGAUGCAAAAAAUGUUGAACUUUUGAAUCUUCAGACUGCUCUUGGCCAGUAUUAUGCUGAAAGUGAAGCAAAGGAACGCCUUGAAAGAGAUUUGGCUCUAUCAAGAGAAGAAUUAGCCAAACUUCAUGAAUCAUUGAAGGAUGCUAAUGAAAGGGUGGAGUUAUCAAAGCGGGAAAAGGAAGAAAUAUUGAGUAAGCUUUCACAAGCUGAAAGGAUGCUAUCAGAAGGAAAAUAUACAGUGCAGAAGCUUGAGGAAGACAAUACAAAAUUACGUCGUGCGCUUGAGCAGAGUAUGACAAGGCUUAAUAGGAUGUCAAUGGAUUCAGAUUAUUUUGUUGACAGGCGUAUUGUGAUCAAGUUACUGGUGACAUAUUUUCAGAGAAAUCACAGCAAAGAGGUUCUGGAUCUUAUGGUUCGUAUGCUGGGAUUCUCUGAAGAAGACAAGCAAAGAAUAGGUGUUGCUCAGCAAGGUGCAGGUAAAGGUGUUGUUCGGGGUGUCUUGGGUCUUCCAGGACGCUUAGUUGGUGGCAUCUUGGGAGGAAGCUCGCCUGAAGUACCUGGUCAUGUUCCAUCUGAAAACCAGUCCUUUACAGAUCUUUGGGUUGAUUUUCUUCUCAAAGAAACGGAGAGAAGAGAAUCUGUGGAAGCCACCGGGGGAUCCAAGGCUGAUCCACAUGGAAGAAGUCCGAGCACCACACAUGUUAUCACACCAAUGCCCAACCAGAGGUCAAGCACAUCUAGUUCUGCUUCUCGUCCCUUGAGGGUACAUCAAUCCCUGGAUCAGACCCCAGAUCCCAUUUCCUCGAGGGGAAACCCGCUGCUGAUUGAACAUUCCGACUCUGAGUUUUCAACGGUUCCUCUCACGACGUCGAUUUCUCCAUCGCCAGAAAACGGUUCUCGAAUCUCAAGGCUGCUCCCAAGAUAUUAAAAUGAGGCGACAUUAUACAUCUUGUUUUUCUUUGGGUGGGUAACCUGAAAUCAUGUAAUUAAUCAGGGGUACAGAUUCUUUGUGGAUGUUCUGUAAUUCUUUCUUUUGCCUUCAUCAAUUAUUUAUACCAUUUGUUCAGAUCCAGAAGACAAACAACAGUGUCUUGUAUUGGUUAUCUUGUAUCGCUCUUUUUGCAAGAAAUCGGAUUUUUAGCAUCAAAUAGUACUUCUACUACAGCUAGCCAUCAUAAGUUCAUAACACUAACUAUCAGUAUGCCAUAGCUGCUA